AGCGUGCAUUCAGCGAGCGUAGAGAAAGGAGUGUUUUUCUAGAGCUCCUCUCUUUAAUCGUGUAAAAAAAGCUUAAGUUUUAUUUCGUUUCUUUUUUUCUUUCGUUUGUUUCAAUAGAAACUUUUACAAAGUUUUUAUUGAUCGAGAACUAAAGGGCGAACAUGUCUACAUCAGCUAUAUACAUAUUGGAUGUGAAGGGAAAGGUAUUGAUCUCUCGCAAUUAUCGUGGAGAUAUAGAACCUGGGGUAAUCGAGAAGUUCAUGUCUUUGGUAAUGGAGCGAGAAGAAGAAGGCAAUCUUACACCAAUUAUUCAGACACCAGAGUGUACAUAUGCUUAUAUAAAAUAUAAUAACCUUUAUAUCGUAUCUAUGACAAAAAAGAAUGCAAAUAUUUCUUUGGUUUUUGUGUUUUUGCAUAAAAUGGUACAAGUAAUGCAAGAAUAUUUUAAAGAAUUAGAAGAAGAGAGUAUAAGGGAUAAUUUUGUUGUGAUAUAUGAACUUCUCGAUGAGUUAUUAGAUUUUGGUUAUCCGCAAACAACGGAUAGUAAGAUUUUGCAAGAAUAUAUCACGCAAGAAGGACAUAAAUUAGAAAUACAACCUAGAAUUCCAAUGGCUGUAACCAACGCUGUAUCUUGGAGGUCCGAAGGUAUAAAGUAUCGCAAAAACGAAGUCUUUCUGGAUGUAAUAGAAUCUGUGAAUCUUCUGGCAAAUGCUAAUGGAAAUGUAUUAAGUUCUGAAAUCGUUGGUGCCAUAAAAAUGAGAGUGUAUUUAUCUGGAAUGCCAGAAUUGAGGCUGGGUUUAAACGACAAAGUGCUAUUCGAAUCAACAGGACGGGGAAAGUCCAAGUCGGUAGAAUUGGAAGAUGUUAAAUUUCACCAAUGCGUGCGACUUUCAAGAUUUGAGAACGACAGAACCAUUUCUUUCAUACCACCUGAUGGAGAGUUUGAAUUAAUGUCAUACAGAUUAAACACCCAUGUCAAACCAUUGAUAUGGAUAGAAUCUGUAAUAGAAAGACAUGCGCAUAGUAGAGUUGAAUAUAUGAUAAAGGCCAGAUCUCAAUUUAAACGUAGAUCGACGGCGAACAAUGUGGAAAUAGUAAUACCUGUACCAAACGACGCUGACUCUCCCAAAUUUAAAACAACUAUUGGCAGUGUUAAGUACUCUCCUGAACAAAGUGCAAUUACUUGGUUCAUUAAAUCCUUUCCAGGUGGAAAAGAAUAUUUAAUGAGAGCUCAUUUCGGUCUACCAUCUGUGGUCGGAGAGGAUAUAGAAGGCAAGCCACCGAUUCAAGUGAAAUUUGAAAUUCCCUACUUCACUACCUCUGGAAUUCAAGUGAGAUAUUUGAAAAUCAUUGAGAAGAGCGGUUAUCAAGCAUUACCGUGGGUUCGUUAUAUUACACAAAAUGGUGAUUAUCAAUUGAGAACGAAUUAAUUACAUGAUAAUCAUAAGAAAAUAAUGAAGAAAUUUUAUGAACGAUUGCGUACAAAGUUCAUAAAAAAAAAAAAGUUAAAAAGAAAGAUGUUUGUUUUCCAAUUGAAAUAUUCGAACGUAUAAAUAUUUUUACAAAAAUUCGCAUGAAUAUGUAUUCUGCUACUGUUGUGAAAUUAUGUUAUCGUUUAAUUUGCAAUUAACUUCAAUUUUGUUCUCUUUGUUAAACAACGGUUCUUUUAAUUUUAACGUCGAUUUAUUUUUUUUUUUUUUAAAUACUUGCUUCGAAAUUUCUUCAAAUAUUUUUAUUAAAAUUUUAAGCUUGUUAUCGAUAUUUAUAUGGAAGAAAAAUGUUACUUUUUAUAUAUGUAUAAUUAUUUUACGUAUGGCUGAUAAUAACACUAUAUAUAUAAUAUGUGUAUAUAUAUAUAUAAAUAAUAUAAUUUUACUAAUAAUUUCAUAUUCCUACUUCAUAAAUAAAACAAACAAAUAAACAAACAAACAAAAGAUUAUUAUAUAAAAAUCAUAACACGAGGAACGAGGAGGGUAACGAAAACGAGAGGAAAUUAAAUUUUUCUUUUGAAAACGUGA